CACACCAACAACACCGUGCAACACAACGCAAACAAUAACCACAACACCCAUCCUCUCUCUGGAUACAGUUUGGAACGAAUCUUKUCUUUAAAUCAACACUGCUAUCCCUAUACAAUGGCCGUCGUAAGUAUGGAAAGGAGUCACAAUUGAGUUAWUGGAUUGGACUUGAGUGGAUUAUGUGUUGUUGACGUUUUUCUGAUGGCUCGCGUAUCAUCGGCUGUGGAUCACUCGGUCCAUCGACUGCUUGGUGGGCCUAGRAUGCGCUGUCCCAUUCACUAGUCGGUGACCUUCUGGCCUGUGCACUUAUUGUCUUGYAUGUGAUUCGUUCCAACACUUGCUCACCCCACACUGCCCUUCAAUCUGAACCCCAUCGCUGCGCAUGACACGGCAUCACGCGGCACUGCACCGCACCGCACCCUUCAUCCGUCUGUGUCGGAAACAGGAAGGAACCCCCCUGAAUUGCGCGUAUUCCUUUUCGUUCAUGCGCCGCGGAAAGGCUCCMAAGAACAMCGAAGAAGCUACCAACAGCAGCAGCGACAACAAGGCGGGCGAAGAAAAACAAGAUGCAGCUGCAACCACCACGGCAACCCCGAAUCCGUACGAAAACUCGAUCAAAGCCAUAUCUGUCGUCAAGAGCGUAGAAGAGUUCUGGUCGACCUACAAUUAYCUGAAGCGCCCGAACGAUCUAUCGUCCACCACGGAUUACCAUUUCUUUCGGGACGGAAUAAAACCCACCUGGGAAGACUCGAAGAACGCSAAGGGUGGAAAAUGGAUCGUAAGUACAGAACAAAGCGGAACGAAGCGAAAAGCAGAACAAAGUGCCGUAGAAUGCGCCGUAGURUGCCCCAAAGUAUGAMGGUUUUCCAGCUUUCUUUGUUGUGUCACUCAACCGCUUUGCUUUUGGUUUCCCGCGCCUCUCUCGGCUCUUGUAUUUGUUUUGUGCGUUUUCUUCGUUCGAUCAAUCGAUUCAUAGAUCCGUCUGCCCAAGGGGCUAGCGAGUCGUUACUGGGAAGAAGUUGUCCUGGCAYUGAUCGGUGGGCAGUUCCCGGGCAUCCCCGAUGGUGAAAUCUGCGGCCUUGUCAUUUCCAUCAGGUAUUCCGAGGACAUAUUGGGCAUCUGGAACAAGACCGCCGCCGACAGAGACAUGGUAGACAGGCUGCGCGACGCCGUGAAGAAGGUCCUACAGCUGCCACCAGCCGCCUACGCGAGCAUGGAGUACAAGCCCCACCAGAAUGCCAUUGCCGAUCGGUCUUCCUUUCGAAACGCCAGCAGCCACUGGAAGGGCGGGAGGGAUUCCCACCGGGAUUCGUCGUCCAACCCGCGGCCGAGCCGCAGCGGGUCGUGGGCGGAUCGGGAUCACAAGCCCAGCAGCAGCCGGCGCGACAGCGACCGGGCGUGGCGCUAGGAGCGACCUAUCGAAGAGCAUUAGACCCGAAGGUUUYGAACAUCACACAACACUGCGGAWGACGUUCGCCAACCUAAAUUUAAAAUCGCUUUYGUUCGCACAGCUAGUGYGUGUUSUAUAGUUGAAUGYUGUCUAUGAUAUUGUUGGAUAGCGACAUUGUUCCUUUUUGUUUCUAUGUCAACCUUUUCUACUGCCGAGUUGCUUGUGAAAAGUUCAUGUGCAAGGCCUCGUUCUGAACGCUACAGUCUAUUGUAGCCAUCAGCGCAUACGUCACUACAGGUAAUCAAAACAGGCGACAGCC